AACCAGCAAGCAUGAGAGAAGUUCUGGUUCUUGCAGGCGGUGGACUACUGCCUGUAAGUAUGUAAGUAUGGAUAACGAGGUCUUAGUUAAGUAGUCAGUAGUCUUAAGCGUCGACACUCUUCCUCUCAACAUCAUGAGUCCAUCACUGGGUCUCGGUAGGUCUUCAAGAACCUUCCGCGCAUUUGUUCAUAAGAUGAGAAGUCCCAGAGAGUCCUUUUUUUCUGCCCGUUUGUGCAACCUGCCACUUGAGCUGUUGCUAAAAAUAGGCGCUUCCUUGGACUGCCCAGCCUUGUGUUCUUUCCGACUCGCCUGCGAAUCCCUAUACGACUAUACCUUGCCUCAAUUUUGCAUGAGACUGUUAAGCCAGACCUGCCCCUAGCCUCCCUUCAGAAAAUGGACGCAUUACUGCAGAAUUUGCAACUAUGUCCAUAUGUCUGCCCAUUAUGUAUCAACAGCAUGGGUGAUGAUAUCUUAGGAUCACAACUCAAGUGGGAACGGCACGCCUCUGGGCUUAUUGUUACUCCAUGAGAAUCUAUUCAACGGUGGCAGGAUACCCUACUGUGCCUGGUGAAUUGUCAGUCCUUUCGCCAGUACAAGCAUUUCACGCUAUAUCGUCCCAACCCACCCAAUAUUUUGACCCCCAGUGAUACAAUUACAAUCCUUCCUAGCACUAUCGCUGCAAUAGAGCGUCCACUACGAGACUUUAAUAUCUUAUUCAAACCGCAAAUUUGCGGUGGAGGGAACCUGAUCGACAUAUCUCGCGUUGACAGAGGCCUCCCCCAAGAGCCGAAGUUCGUUGCUGCAUGUUAUAGUCUGGAAGCCGUCACGGUCAGAUACACAAUGGACACAGAAGACACGGUUGACUUCGUGACGCAGCUUAUACAACAUACGAUGCGCCUGCAACAACUGAGGAUCGAUGCUAAUUAUGGCGACCACUCGACAACUCUUAUGUCUCGCUUGUUUCCCACCCCACCCACCCUUAGCU